AUGGAUCACAUCGGGAUCCUGGGGGCGCAUCUGCAGCAGCACGCGCACGUGGAGCCCAUCAGCUUCGGCAUCGACCAGAUCCUGAGCAACGUGGAGCAGAGCUGCAUGCUGGGCUCGAGGAUGCCGGAGCCGGACUACGGCCACGCAGCGUACAACGGCGGCGCCGGGGGAGUGGGAGGCUUCGCGUGCGGCGGCGGCGGCGGCGGCGGAUACAACAGCACCGCCGGCGGCUCGUGUGGGAUGGCGUCUCUCGGGGGAGCUUAUCACAUGAACAUGAGCGUGAACAUGAACGGGACUAACAUGAACUCUUCCGGGGUCAUCCGCGUCCCCGCGCACCGGCCUCCUCUCAGCGGCGGCGGCGGCGGCUCCGCGGUGCCGCCUCCCGCUAGCGGCGGCGUCGGCAACCUGAGUGCGCUCACCUUCCCGUGGAUGGAGAGCAACCGGCGCUACACCAAAGACAGGUUCACAGUCUCCCUCUCACCCCUCACUGUCACGCGCCGUGUAGGUCACCCGUACCAGAAUCGCACUCCGCCGAAGAAGAAGAAGCCGCGGACGUCGUUCAGCCGGCUGCAGAUCUGCGAGCUCGAGAAGCGCUUCCACCGGCAGAAGUACCUGGCGUCUGCCGAGCGCGCCGCGCUGGCCAAGGCCCUGAAGAUGACCGACGCUCAGGUCAAAACCUGGUUCCAGAACAGACGCACCAAGUGGAGACGGCAGACGGCGGAGGAGCGGGAAGCGGAGCGGCAGCAGGCCAACCGUAUCCUCAUGCAGCUGCAACAGGAGGCCUUCCAGAAGACCAUCAACCAGCCGGUAGCCCCCGACCCACUGUGCCUGCAGAACAGCUCCCUGUACGCCCUGCAGAACCUCCAGCCGUGGAGUGAGAACACGGCAAAGAUCAGCAGCGUGUCAGCCUGUGAGUAAACCUCUAGCUCUUCGUCUCUCCUUCGGGAUCCAGUGACUGCUGCGGUGUGGAGGAGCGGCCCGACCCCUGCUGAGGACAUCCUGCCGUUGGACGUCCUGCCGUUGGACUGGUUCAUGGCCUUUUGCUCUUUCUGUCUCACGGACACCGGUGCUGUUUGUUGAUGGGCUCUCUCUGCACUUCUCCCAUCAAAUGGGGCCCACACGACGACAUGUUGUAUUAUUAUUAUUGCUAUUAAUAUUCUUUACAUGAGGGACUUUUAAAAAAGAUAUUUUUAUAAAAGUUUAUAUGACUGACUGAAUAGGGCUUUGUCUUAGAGCGACAUGCGUAUUUAUCGGCCUUCUUUAAUCGACUUUUUAAUCGACUGCAGAAUAACAAAGCACUUGUUUCAACAAUCUUUUAGAAAGAAGGGGAUGUAAUGAGAUCAAUGGAGAUUCUCAAUCUUGUUAACCGCGCUUUUAAUUUACCUUCGAAUCAACAGCUGCAGCCUGGAAAUGAUGUUGUGGUAACUUUAAACGUGUUCCAUCAAAGUCUUCGCUUAUAGUUGUGCUGUGUGACCCGGUGGGUGGCUGAUGACUCUUAGCAAUAAAAACUAACAAUAAUAAGUUCCUCAGCACAUACAGACAGGCAUUGCAGCUAUCACUAGCUUUUACGCAUGCAGCAGCCAUAUUGGAUUUAUGGGUCUGUGUCCCAUAAAUCCAUUGUUGAAUUCUUCUUUUUUCUCUCUUUUUUGUUCUUUUUUUUUGGAGUAUUGGAAUGUUUGAAUUCUUUGUCAGAAAAAUCAGCUGAAAAUUCGAACAAAUCAAAUAUUUUUGAUUUGGAAAAUUGGAGGUUUCGGUCAACCUCCCUCCGACCGCCAUCUUAAAAUCCAACAUGGUGCUUAUGCAACACAGUGAGAGAUGCAGAAAGAAGCUGUUUAUUUGUAUUUAUAUCGUUAAAUCAGUCUCCCUUCAGGAUAUAGCACAGCCCUUAUAUAGCACAGUGGACCCUCUGUGUAUGUUGGAGUUUGGGAUCGCAGCCUCCUCCUAACAGCUGAAAUCCACUAAUACUUGAGAUUCCAUCUAAAAACACUUGCAACUGUUUAUUUUAAUAAUUGUAACACCAACUGUAUCUUAAUAUGCAUUAAUAUGCACAACGGAAACCAUUUUAGCGGACAGUAACAUCUGCAGCCUUGCUUGUCUCCGCUGUUGAGGGUCGGUCCCAACAAAAGUAAAUGCCACUCCUGGAUUGGCUGUUUUGCAAAUGCCAGCCAAUAUCAUGUCAAGUAGAUAUGGGCAUAGCCAUGUCAGUUUCCCAAAGAUGCAUUUUCUCUCUGUGUUGUAUAUCGAAUAUUUUCGAUAUGCUGCAAUGGACUGGCGAUCUGUCCAGGGUGAACCAGCCUCUCGCCCACUGACCGCUGGAGAUAGGCACCAGCACCCCUGGCAGCCUCCAUUAGGGAUAAGAAUGUAAGAUAAUGGAUGGAUGGAUGUUAGAUAUGUUCUACAAAAUUAUUUUUCAAUAAUUAUCUGGAGUUACAUUCCACAGAACUACUCACAAAUAAUGAACCACAAAUCCACUGUAUGCUACUGCUGUGGAUCAGUUUAGUGAAAGCGUAGAAAUACAUAAUCGGUGGUUUGUAUUGCUAACAGAAGUUAGCUUGGUCACCGAGCACAACAAGUAGCGAUUCGCUGACCUUCAACUGGAGCACACUUAUACAGGAUAUGACCUCAUUCCCUGAUAAGAGUUUCAACUUCCACGGCAACUGCAACACCAUCAGGAAGUCCUGAGAUUUACACAUCAAAAUGACCAGCUUCAGUGGUCACUCUAACAGACAUCUCCAGACCGGAUCAUGGACCAAACUUCCCAGUACAAAUAAGACAAACCAUAAAAAACACAACCUAAAUGGUGAAAUGUAAUAUAUUGCACUUUGUCUAAAUAAUGUAUUUAAAUGCA